AAGCUGAAUGUCGUGGGAAAAUGGCCAAGUUGGCAACACUGUUUUGUUAUUGAACAAUUUGCGUGGCCUCCUUGGCGUCCGGGCGUCGUGGAUGUAAAUCGACUUGAAUUGGCUAUCCACUUGGGUCGCAGGACGCUGGAUGCGCAACGGGCGGAACUGCAUGCCAGCAAUCGCCGGAUCCGGAGCACGGCGGGCGGAUGCAAAAAUCGCAAAGUGCUUAAGUUGUUGCUGCGAAAAAAUUUCGUGUUCCUUGAGCGAAAAAGGACGAGCCACUUUGAGGAGCCACGAUAUCCCGCAAAACCAUGUUGAAGUCGGCAAAGGGGAAGCGGCCAGCCAAGGCAUCUGCCUCUGGCGGUCCUGCGUCCGGGGAGUCGUCACAGGAUGCCAAAGCGAAGCAGCCAAAGGGCGAAGUGGCUGCAAAGGAAUGCGAUUCAAAUGCUAAGGAGCUUACAGCCAAAAAGGAGCUCACAACCAAGAAGAAGCCCAAAACCAAGGAGGAACCCAAAACCAAGGAGGAACCCAAAACCAAGGAGGAACCCAAAACCAAGGAAGAAGCCAAAACCAAGGAGGAACCCAAAUCCAAAUCCAAGUCCGAACCCCAACCCGAACCCGAAAAAGAAAAGGAAAACGCAUCUCGAUCUUCAUCCAUUCCCGCUAUUGACAAGCUGCGCCGCUUCUGCUUCAUUGGCUCGACGGAGACGCCUGUUUACGCCACGCCCACCUUGGACCUGGGCGUGGAGAGGAGUGUCCCGGCUCUGGUGGCACUGUGCUCCGAGGUCGGUGAGUCGGAGCUUGUCGAGUGCCUGUCCAAUGUCCUGGGCAGCGGCCCGAAUGCCGAGCACUUGCCGCGCUCCGAUGAGCCACUCCUCGUCCUGGCCGUCUUCCUGUCCACCCACGGCGACGAGAAGCAGCGCAAGUUGGUGCGCAACAAGUUCCCCUAUCUGAUAGCCGGCGACCAGGAGCUGUUCCUGUUUGUGCAGCUGGUGAAGCGCGUGCAGAAGCUGCUCGACCGGAAGACGCCCUUCAGUCGCACGGUGCGGAAGGCCGUCCUCGAUUGGUAUGGCAAGCAGUCGUUGGACAGGUUGCUCGACCUCUGGUCCAUGGGCGACGGCAGCCGGUGGUCGGCACACAAGGAUCUUCUGUACAAGUGUCACUACCGUGACGUGGAGUUUCCACCGGACAUAACGGCCGCCUUGCGCUUGCUCUCCACCCAUCCCAAGGAGCUGUCCACCUGGCCCAGCUACCUGACUCCGUUAGCCAGUGUUCGAAGCAUUAUCGAGGGCAUCCUGAAGCUGCGCCUGCUCCAGGAUCCGAAGGAAGCCCUGCCAUUGGUGCAGAAUCUUUGCCUCAAUAGCAACAAUGUGCCGGUGCGGCUGUUCCGGGACUCACGGCUGGCCAAGUUCCUGAUGCCGCUCAUGAGCUACGAUGACCUAUUAUCCCGAUGGCCGCGGCUCUCGCGCCACCACCACCAGGUGCGUCCCUUGAUGGAGUUGCUGGCAGACGAGAAGAAGCUCAAGGAGGGAAAUGUUCACCCAGUGCGGCUGCUGCUCGAGGAUAUGCGCUUCAGGAAGCCCAGGAAAGUGGGCCCCAUCUCGGUCGAGUCCAGGAAGCCUAGUUUUCUGCACAGCGCCUACGAGACAUCCUUCGGCCUAAACAAGGCCGUGGGCAGGCGGCUGCACAUCACCCUCAAUCUGGAGCAGUGCUACAUGGGCAAAUACCUGACUGGUCGCUGUCGUUCUCUGAAGUACUUGGACGCUGUGGUGGCUCUGGCCUUUGGCUACUUUCGCAGUGACCCCAAGGUGACUGUCCAGUUCUGGCCCGACCGGAGCGGCCAACUGAAGACGCUGCCCUGGACAAAGGAGAUGACGCCGGCGGAGGCCACUGUCUGUUGUGAGGAUCAGAAGGUGCACAAGAUCAAGCAGUCGCUGACGGGUAUUCUGGAACGGGCGCUGGAGGAUGAGAAGAAUACGUAUGACGUGUUUCUGGUGCUGGUCCCGGGCGCUGCUCGAGGGAAUCCUGGAAAUGGCUCCAAGAGCCUGGCCGCUCUCAUGGAUGCUUAUCGCGAGAAGCGCAGCUCUAAUGCCAAAUUCAUUGUGGUGAGCCUGCGGCAGCACCACGCCUCCAUGAGCUACUCCAGCGAGCGGAACGAGAACCUGCUGGAGCUGUGCAGUCUGGACGAGCACACGCCGCGACUGAUCAACGCCUUCGCCCGCAAGAAGUUCUACUAGGAGCCCAGGGACUCGGCGAGGAGAGCAACCAAAGAGAAGUAGAGGGAAGUAAGGCUCCAAGGGAAGCCCUUACGAAAAAAAAAAAAGAAACGCACUGCUGCCAGCAUUCUCCCAGGCAAACACCCGAUUCCCCGAACCCCGAACUACCGAAAAUCCUUCCACUUCCAGUUUGUUGAAGGACGAUGGCCAGGUUUGUUGCCAUCUCCUUCGCUUUCAUAGUCGCUAGAACCCUCUCACUCGCUCCCAAAUCCAAAAUCCCAAAUCCCAAACAAAUCGAACAACACACCCACACGCCUCGUCACACAAAUAGCUUUCUUGUAAAAUAGGUCCUUGGUGUAUUAUGGAUUAUAGGGAAAAGAAAGCGCAAAACUUAAGCGCUGAGCAGCGUAUUUACGUACUAAUUAAUAAUUAAUGGAUAAACUAAAAAACAAAAACAAAGAGAAGAAAAAAAAUACGAAAGUUUACGAAACUCCAGACUCCAGAAUUGAAAAUGAAGGGUUAGUUAGCGAUGUUUUUUGUGAAACCAGAUCGUUUUGUGUAUCACCUUUGUAUUCGUAUUUUGUAUUUGUACUAGAUUUGGUGGAUUUAUUUUUUGAAAUCAAACUGAAUCAACACUGAACUGAACUCAAUCUAAAUUCAAUUUGGAUUAAAAACAAUCUCAAAGCAAAAGCAAAAGCAAAAGCAAACGCAGAAGCAACAAAACUUAUAGAAAAAAAAAGUAAAAUAUUUAAAGAGGAAAAUAAAAUACAAAACCGAAAGAAAACAACAAAACAAAUUGCCUUACAAACAAAAAUGUUAGUAAAACUUUCAUUUUAGUUGAGACUUUUUCAAAAAUCGAAUACUGGAACUGAAACACAAAUUAUGGCAUUUAGAUAAAGUUAAAGUUAAAUGUAAACUAACGUAAUCAUAUUGAAUACUGAGCGAGUAUAUAUGAGAUAUAUAUUAUAUAUUGAAUAUUUAAUCUAAAGUAAAUUAAUGAAAAAAUAGUCAAAGUCCAAGCAAUAAUCAUCAAUCACUAAAGCAAAUCAAGUUAUAGCCUCAGAUCGAUCAUAGAAUUAUGUUGUGCUCGUAUAGAUACGAAUUAAUACAAAAACUUAGCUAAAUAGUCAGAACGCGUACAAGGAAGAGAAAUAUUUAAAAAAUAAAAACACUCCCAAUGUGCCAUACACACACCCACACACACACACACACACCACACCACACCACACUACACAUCAAAACUCACACAACAGAUACAAAAGUUUAUAAAGAUUUUGAAAAAAUCCAUAAAUCCCAUACAACAGAGAGAACAAUAAACCAGGAGGAGAAGCGAGGAAACGCAACCAAUUUGACUAAAAAUGAAAUUAGUUAAGUGAAAUUUUACUCAAAUUACAAUUAAAUUACAUUUAUUGUAUAGAAGGCAUAGCAAGCGGGGAUUUGGAAGAGAUAAGCAAACAUUUAACUGAAAAAACAAAAAUAGGGAAGGCAACUAUACCAAAAUUAAUCUGAAAUCGAAACGAACAAAUACAAAAAAUAGAAAAUAUUUCUACGGACAUUUCUAACCGAAUGUUUCCACACGCGUCUGUGAAGUAAACCGUUGUGAUCGCUUUAAAUUUUUGAUUUAAAUAGGAAAAAAGAAUACGAAAACUACAAACUACAAUACAAAACAAAAAUUAAAAGGAUAAAAGGAAAUAAGAUGAAUUUUAAGGGAAAUCCAGAACAGAACAGAACAGAA